AUGGCACGGCGGACACUGGUCCUCGACGGACUCUGGUACUCUCUGUGUCCAUCAUUUAUCCCACGGGGGCUCACUCGUGCAGCGCCACUCUUAAGGACUCGAAAGCAAAGUGCAAGGCCAUAUUCGCCGGCCGUCUCUUUCGCGAAUUCACCUCCGCGACGAUUUUACAGCAGCAAUCCUGGAGAAGCCUACAGUUACAACCAUAGAUAUGGACAUUCAGCACAUCCGAAUUUACGUGGCACACAGCAUACAGCCACUCGACUACAAUCGCCGGUGAACGAACACUCCGAUCCUCGACAGAAUGCCAGCGCGCGGCCGCGCAACCGGUCGAAACGUUCGAAAGCCCCGAAACUACCAAAGCAGUCGCCUAGAGCUCCCAAGGAUUUGGAAGAAAGAUCCACAUCCAACUUGGAGACAAUGCUGCAACAAUUGAUGGCCAGGUCGCCGAGCAUUCGCGGCACGACGCAGGUUCUACGGAUUUUGAUUCGAGAUCGCCAUGUUCACCCGACCUCUCGUCACUACAAGGCGCUCUUCUUUGCGAACGCGGAUUCAGAGAGAGGCUCGCCGGAGUUUAUACGGCGACUGCUGGAUGAGAUGGAUGACAAUAACAUUGCUACGGACUCGGCUACGCUUCAUGCUGCACUCCAGGCUCUUGCUGUACAUCCCGACUAUCUCCUACGCCAGGAAGUCCUUCACAGACUGCGAGAUCGGUGGCUCCCGUUGAGUCCCGCCGGAUGGAAUUUCAUAGUUGCAGGUCUUGUGCGCGAACACCAAUUUGAGCUGGCGCUGGAUGAAAUCGAUAUGAUGGAGCGAAAGGAGGUCUUUGUCGAGAAUUGGCUGCACAGUUUCCUUAUCUACAACCUGUGCGAUUUCAACGAGUUGGACGAGGUCGAACGCUUGAUGCGGCGCCGGGUCGAUCAAUACCACGAGAUGACUUUCCCACUUUGGUUUCACGUCUUGGGUGCGGCGACUGAAGCGCAUCACGGCGCAUUGACUCGCUAUGUGUGGCAGCAAAGGGUCGAACUUGGCCAUCUACAACCCCCCGCGCAACUCUGCCGCCAGGUACUGGCACUGGCCUCGCGGCUUGGCGACCCAGAUUUGGCCAGCUCUGUGUUCCGAUUUUUCUCCUACCAUAAAAUCUCAUGCGGCCUCGAGGAUUACGAACGGCUUGCCGAGGCGCAUGUGGGUGCUGGUGAUCUUCCUGGCGCCUUCGAGGUGCUGUGUAGCAUGCACGAGGCUGGCAUUGCACUUGAGGAGAGCUCGACACGGGCUGUGGUCGCUUACAUGAUUCAGAGUAAAAUCGACCGCCGCGAGGCAUGGCAGAUGCUCAAGCGGCUAAAGAAUGUCAAACGCUGCAUCCCCAUCGGCUGCGUGCGGGCCAUUGCCGACCUCUGUGAGCACGAUGCCCAGCAUGACCCGUCGGUCGCAGACGACGGGGUGGGAUUCUACAAGGAGCUCUACACGCUGUGCCCCGAGGGCGCCGACGUUCGCGUGUACAACGCGCUGAUCCGCAUGUGUCGGCGAGCGCGCAACCGCGAAGCCGGCAUGUUUAUCGUAAAAGAAAUGGCAGCAUUCGGCGUCGUACCCAACGCCACGACCUUUGAGACCAUCAUUCUCAUGUGUCUCGACGCCAACAAUUUCCGGUCCGCCUACAUGUACUUUCAAGAUCUCGUGAAACGGGACGCCUCGGUCAGCGAGGAGGCCCAGAAGGAAAUCUGCGAGAUUUGCUCCGGGUCGGUCGACGAGUUUGCGCUGCGGCUUCAAUAUCAUCCCCAGAUCAGCGCCCGAGAUGACGGGCAGCCGACCGACGUGAUCGAAGCCCCACAGCCCGGGCGCCACCCGCUGCCACCGGCCGUGCGCCGCCAGAUGCUCUCGCCGGAAGAACGUCGGGAGUGGAACAAGGAGCGACGCAAGGAGAAGCGACGACGACUGGCGAUUGAACGAAACAUGGAAGAAGAGGGCUGGCUGGAUUGGGAAGCAGACGUGGGGACCCAACGGGACAAAUGA